UCUGUUUGCCUGGCACAGCCAGUGACCUGAUAGAGCCAUUCUGUGAGGAACUCCCAGUUUCUGCGUGAGGAGGGUCAGGAUCUCUGGUGACCCUACAGAACUUGUCCCCACGUUUGUGGAGAGGGGACGACAGCCAAGAGGCCUUUAGGACACAGACACCUUCGCCAAAGAGGAGACUUCCCCGUCUGAGGGUGAGGAAGACCAUGUGGAGAUGCAGGGCAGCUGGAGAGCCUUCCUGACCACGCUGGGCGUCCUGGCUGGGCUAGCAGCUUUGGGAUCCAGUUAUCAAAUCCUAGAAGGUCCCAAGAAUGUAACCGUCCUCCAGGGCUCAGAGGCUCGCUUCAACUGCACUGUCUCCCCGGGCUGGAAGCUCAUCAUGUGGGCUCUGCAUGGCACCGUGGUGCUCAGUGUGACACCCACGGAGUCCAUUAUCACCAACAACCGCUUCACCUCCGAGAGUUACGACGUGGGCGGAGACUUUGUCUCUGAGAUGGUGAUCCACAGCGUGCAACUCAACGACUCAGGGCAGGUCAAGUGCAGCCUCCAGAACAGCGACCGGGAUGAAGCUGCUUUCCUUUCCGUCCAAGUUAUGGGCGAGUUGUUCAUCCCUGGUGGUAGUCCUGUAGUCAUUGAGGACAGACCAUGUAAUGUUACUUGUCGAGCACGGGGCUGGACCUUGCUCCCGGAGUUUCACUGGGUGGUCGAUGUCCCCGUCAGCCUUUCAAGCAGUUAUUCCGUUGCGGAGCCCGGAGACCUUCAGAGUGCAGUGAGCAUCCUGGCUCUCACGCCACAGGGCAAUGGGACUCUGACUUGUGUGGCCACUCUGAGGAGCGUGCAGGCCAGCAAGUCUGCCACUGUGAACCUUACUGUGGUCCCGCCUCCCCCGGAGAGCAUUGAUAAGGCAUCGCUGCCCACCUGGGCCAUCAUUCUUCUUGCAGUAUCGUUUUCGUUGCUUUUGAUCCUGAUAAUUAUUCUGAUUAUAAUAUUCUGCUGCUGUUGUGCCUCUGGGAGAGAGAACAAAGAAUCUAGUUAUCAAAGUGAAAUAAGGAAAUCUGCAGCUGUGAAGACAAACACAGGACCUGUUGAGACAAAGUUAAAAAGUGGAAAUGAAAACUACGGCUACAGUUCUGAUGACUGGAAGAGCACAGAGAUUGCUUCUCCCCCUCCCAAGUCCCAGGAAGUCAGCGUUCUGGAGCAGAGCAGCAGAAGCAAUCAUUAUCAGGAAAUUGACAUGCAGCGGUCGGGUCCAGCAAGCCACCCACAGGUUCUGUUUCAUCUGUCCAGUCCGAAGAAGGUCAGGAAUGUAACCCUCGUGUAGUGAAGGCUUCCCGGGGCGCCGCUGUGCACCUGGCUGGUGAUUUACAACACAGGGGCGCCAUCAUUCCUCUCUGUCCUGGGACCGGGCUCCAGCUUUGCCGACAUUACCUGAAGGGCCGUGUCAGAGGCAUGGGAACUGAUAUUUUCUGGCAAGAGAGAAAGAAUUGAUUUCUCCAGAUUGCAAAGUAGAGGUUGAUUUUUAAGACAUUUCCAGGUUUUGGUGAAUGUCACCAAGUUACUAAGACUGAGCAGCAAAUUUAUCAGGAAGCCAUUUCUCAUUACUCACAACUUCCACUCGCCAAUCCCAUAAAUGGUGGGUAAGUCCACGAUCUGCCAGGACUUUUAAAACGGUUCUAUUAUCUCAAAUCAUAUUAAGAUGAUAUUCGUGUAUGUUUAAUAUGUAGGGGUAACAUUGCAUAUUAUCACUGAAAUAAGGGGAUGAAACUCAGGGUCAAUCAGAAAUCUAAAAUUGACUGGGAAAUCGGAGGUCCACAGGUUAAAGAGAGAUUCCAUUCUGACUCUGAUGCACCGGGGCCUGAGUGUCUCAGGGUUGAGUAUUUACACGAAGACGCUCACUUUCAUCAGCUUCCUGUCAGGCUCCUUCUCGUCUCCUCAAAUGAAUUAAAGGUGACGAUGCUUUGUGGGGAUGUCCCUCAUAGACCACAAACACCACGGAAAGAGCUGGAGAUGGCACUGUGUUCUCUAAUGAAUAAAAAAGAAAACACCAGACACUGAGUCUUGCCUUUCUUAGCUCUUUCUGUUCAGAGAGCAGUUUAGAGAAUCAGGCAUUUCCAGGAAGGACACCAGGAGGCUUCUCCAGAGAACCAUCCCACCCUCGUGUCUGUCUUUGCCUCCUGACCUUUGCCCCAUUUAGAGUUAGUGUGGAUGUUCUUAUGAAGAAUAAAAUUGCUGACUUCUCCAAA